GAGAACUGUUCUCGGCUGCAGUCUUGAGCGCGUGGAGACGACUUUUCAGCGGCACGAGGGACAGCCACGAUUUUUCGAAGACUGAACUACUGCGCUAGCUCUAUAAAGGAGGAUUUACCCAAAAACACGCAACAUGGCCAAAGUGUUCGUCUCCUGCGUCUGCCUCCUGGCUGUGAUAGCGGCUAGCCACGCCGCUUACAGCUGUCCCAAAGAGGACGGCCAGUACGAGGACCCGAAGCAAUGCGACAAGUUCUACGAGUGCAUCGACGGCCUCCCCAUCGAGAAGUACUGCCCCGACGGUCUGGUCUUCGACCCGCUCAACCGUAAGAUCAACAAGUGCGACCACGUCUUCAACGUCGACUGCGGCGACAGGCUCGAGCUCCAGCCGCCCCAGCCCACGAAGAAGUGCCCGCGCAAGAACGGCUUCUUCGCCCAUCCCGACCCGGCGGUCUGCAACAUCUUCUACAACUGCAUCGACGGCGAGGCCAUCGAGAUCACCUGCACCACCGGGCUGCACUUCGACGAGUACAGCGGCACCUGCGUCUGGCCCGACAGCGCGGGACGCAAGGGCUGCGGAGUAGUGGGCAAGACCCUCUCGGACGGUUUCGAGUGCCCGAAGGACGCCGGCGUUGACAGCCGUGGACUGGCCGUCGAUCACCCGAAAUUCGCCCAUCCCGAGGACUGCCAGAAGUUCUACGUGUGCCUGAACGGCGUCACACCCCGGGAACAGGGCUGCAGCGACGGCACCGUCUACAACGAGGUCCAGCAGAGGUGCGACGCACCCGAGAACGUACCCGGAUGCGAGGACUGGUACAAAGAUGACGACAAGAAGCCAUAAAUCAUUGACGCGACAUCGAUUUGUCCCGCAUCGGGACACCGUAUACUUAUAAAUAUAUCUCCGUCUCAUUUUACCUUCGUUUUAUCGUCGAUCCUGUAGAUGUGUAAAUGUGUGUUUUUUUGUAAUUAAUAAAUACUUAAAAAUCGACCAA